AUGAAAUUUCAGAUUUCGCUUGGAAUAGCCGAUACAGUUGCUUUUGUGAUCUGCCCGAGUGCAAACACUUCUCUCACUGCGGUAUUCGGUGGAGCCGCACUUGGUGAUAUUCUUGUUAUAGCCAUAUUCAUGGCUGUUCACACGCAGAGUGUUCAAUGGAAGAAAAGUACCGCAAGAAUUGGAGCAACACUCUCACAUAAAUAUCAGGUUUGGUCACAUUUCAAGCAGUCUUGA